AUGGCGUUACAACGGUUCUGGUCCAUUGACGACAAAAUUACAACAUCUGAGUUUUCAGCUAUGAAAGCAUGGCUGAUUACCAAUGAUGAUCAGAAGGUGCAAAUGACACUGGCAGAAGCAGUACCUGGUCGAAAAGGAAGGAGUCAAAUAGAGGAAUUCGUCUCCUAUAAUGGUGGUCCCGGUAUCCAACAUAUAGCGCUACUCGUUGAUGACAUUGUCAGUACCGUAACAGAAAUGAAGAAAAGAUCCGUAGAAUUCCUUGAAGUACCAUCCGCAUAUUACGACAUUCUUGAAGAACGGCUCAAAGAUUCCAAGGUCGAGCUACGCGAGGACAUGAAGAAGUUGCGAGAGCUCUGCAUUUUGAUGGAUUUUGACGACAACGGCUACCUGCUGCAAUUAUUUACAAGGCCCGUUCAAGAUCGACCAACCCUUUUCAUUGAAAUCAUCCAAAGGCGGAAUUUCAAUGGAUUCGGAGCAGGCAACUUCAAGGCACUUUUCGAUGCUGUAGAAAGAGAGCAAAUGCGAAGAGGAACUCUAUAUGUGGAGGACUAG